AUUGGUUAAAAUCAACGUCAGUCCAUUUCAAUGUUUGCAAAGAUGAGCGACUGGCUGAAGUUAGCGCGCAAUUCUCAGUUUCACGCGCUUGUGCAGUCCUGUCAUGAACCAGCAGGUGUCGCUCCGCCCCUUCAAAUGAAGUCCACAAGGAAAACAUUUUGUUUUUAGUUCAAUGUGGAGCUCAAACUUUAUAAAUGUUUGUACAGUAGCAUAUCCACAAACACCAAAUGAUCUACUGAAAAGAUUAACCUGAAACUGAUUUGGCUGUGACUUUGCAUUUUUUAGGUAAAAUUUUAGCAAUUCAAUAAAAAAAAAAAAAAUUAAAAAAAAAAACAUACAGUGGCUUUUUAUUUUAAUGGAGGUUAUCUGUAAUUUAUUACAGAUAAAGGGAAAAGGGAAACACUUCGCGGUCGUGUAACCAGAUAGGUAAUAUGCUUACUGGGACUUCAUCCUCACACUAUUUCUUGUGUGAUUUCCUUGUCAGCAACAGAGAAAUGUAUGGGGGGAAAAAAGGUUGGAGUAUCUCAGUGGGAGGGAUUCUUGCUGAAGGAGACCAAGGUAGCGUGCAGAGCUCAGAGGCAAAACUUUCCAAGAGAACAGAGACUGUUGCGCAUCUCUGUCUCGAGCACCUGAUGAGCAUCUUUCACUCUUCUGGCACGAGCUGACUGAAUUUAACAAAAAAACGUUGUUUUAUGGGAAUUUUAUUAAUGCACCAUAACAAAAGAAGCAUUUUAGAUAUCAUCAGUAGGCAGUGUUAAGUUGUUUGUAGCAGGACUCUCAGAAAUGGCACUUUCUUUUCGACGCAGGUGUUUACUCUUGCUGUGUUUGACAGCUGUCCAGUGCAGUCAUGCCGCUAUUCAGACCUGUAUGGAUAAACACCAGGUGGUUGGAGUGCUGCGUCAAAUGGAGAAGUUCUUAAAAGGCCAGGAGAUACGGUUUACAGAGGGCCUUAGGAUAAUGAAGUCAAAACUGGCAUCGCUUCAAAACUCUGUCUCCAAGUUGCCUCAAGCUGACCAGUCAGCCGCUCCCACCACCUGCCCCUCCCUGGAAGCCCCUGCUCACGGAACAAAGUUUGGCUCAAAGUACUUUGUUGGACAUGAAGUUCACUUCACUUGUUCCCAGGGCUACCAUCUUGUAGGUUCUGCUACGCGAGUUUGCCGGGACAAUGGCACCUGGACUGGUGUCAGUGCAGUUUGUAAAGAUAUAGGUGAGUGUGCAAGUAAUCCUUGCCAGAAUGGAGGUACCUGUGUGGAGGGUGUGAACCAGUAUAAAUGUACCUGCCCCCAAAACUGGAGUGGCUCUCACUGCCAGCACCAAACCCAGACAGCACCACCAGAGUGGAGUGUUAUGAAUGAUCCAGCAUUUAGCCGGAGGCCUCGCUGUGCCCAGGUGAACCAAGCCCAACACUGCAGCUGUGACGCAGGCUUUCACAUGAGUGGCACCUCUGACAACAGUAUCUGUCAGGAUGUAAAUGAAUGUGAGGUGUACCGGCUCGACCAAGGAGGAAAACUUUGUGUCCACGAGUGUGUGAAUGUGCCAGGCUCAUACCAUUGCUCUUGCCCCAGUGGUUACAAAUUGCUUGCUGACGGGCAGAGCUGUGAAGAUGUGGACGAAUGUUUAAGCCAGCAGCACAACUGUAGCCGAGGGACAACUUGUAUCAACACAGGGGGAGGCUUUCAGUGUGUCAACCCAGAGUGUCCCCGCUCUCAUGGCAACAUUAGCUAUGUCAAGACAUCUCCCUUUCAGUGUGAGAGAAACCCCUGCCCCAUGCACAGCCGUUCCUGCCACCUGGCUCCAAAGACUGUGUCCUUUCACUACCUGUCCCUGCCCUCCAACCUGCAGACUCCUGCCACACUGUUCCGCAUGGCAACCGCUGCCGCCCCCGGCCGUACUGGGCCAGAUAGCCUACGCUUCGGCAUAGCGGGCGGAAACUCCAGAGGCACCUUUGUGAUGCAGCGUUCAGACAGACAGACGGGUGAGCUGAUACUGGUGCAGCAGCUUCACGGGCCGCAGGAGAUCAGCGUGGACGUGGACAUGUCAGAGUACUCCGACCGCACCUUUCAGGCCAAGCACGUGGCAAGGGUUCAUGUUCUGGUUUCACCCUACAAUUUCUGAGAACAUGGUUGGAAGAGUAGGAAGACUAGAGACUGAAACCUGAAGAGGAACAAGGAAAAAUAGGCGAUGGGCACCAUGUUGAAUAAAACCGUCUCUUUAUCCCCUUUCACAGUUUGGUUUGGCAGUCACAAUCCAACAUUUAUUCAAUAGCAAAUAUAUUGUUUUUUAAAAAAAAGAUAAAAUUGCUCCUCUGAAUGCUGAUAUUAGGUUUGCAUAUUUACAAGGUCUAGCUAAAGAAAAGCAUAAUGUCUGAGCUCAGGAUUUAGGCCCCACAGCUGAUGAAAUGCCCUCACUUUAAAAUACAUCUCUUUAUGACUUUAGUGCUCCUGUGGCUCUAAUUUAUUGGAAAUGUUUUUUACAGUAUAGCAUACUGUAGGCAACAUGUUUAUCUUUGAUCAUAUAUUGUAUAUUUGUGUUUUUGUACGAGCUUGCUUCAUUUAAGGCAACAUUAACAAUGCUAAGGGAUUUUUUUUAAACAAUAGCUGCAGUACUGCAUCUGGUCUAUUCUCUGACUCAUAUGCUGUAUGUUAGCCAGAAAUAGUCUCAUUAUAAUCUGAAUCAACGGUAAUUUGGCAAGCUUGCCAAUAUGUUACACAAUUUAUCUGGAAUUCUAAUUUCCUCAACAUACUGAAAUAAAGUCAGUUCAACAUUUCA